AUGCUGCGGCGUCGUCGGCGUCGUGCUGCGGCGUUGUGCUGCAGCGUUGUCGGCGUCGGGAGGCGGCAGGAGACGUCAGGUGCGGCAAAAGUCGUCAGGCGGCAGGAGACGUCAGUAUCGUGUGAUGACAAUACCUUGGGGACCUCAGUAGCAUGUAAUGAAAAUACCCUGGGGAAAUCAGUAUCGUGUGAUGACACUACCCUGGGGACCUCAGUAUCGUGUGAUGACACUACCCUGGGGACCUCAGUAGCAUGUGAUGACAAUACCCUGGGGACCUCAGUAUCGUGUGAUGACACUACCCUGGGGACCUCAGUAUCGUGUGAUGACACUACCCUGGGGCCUUCAGUAUCGUGUGAUGACACUACCCUGGGGACCUCAGUAGCAUGUGAUGACAAUACCCUGGGGACCUCAGUAUCGUGUGAUGACACUACCCUGGGGACCUCAGUAUCGUGUGAUGAUACUACCAUGGGGACCUCAGUAGCAAGUGAUGACAAUACCCUGGGGACCUCAGUAUCGUGUGAUGACACUACCCUGGGGACCUCA